UAUACUGUAAAUGACAUCGUUAUAGCUACGAGAAAUAAUUAUUGUCAGUAAUUCAUGUGCAUGACUCUACAUGCCCCGUUGAACUUCCCUUCAGAACCGUCUCCGUUGUUAUUCUGAUGAAACGAAAACGAAAAUGACUAAGCAUAUAAAAGGCAGCCUCCUGAACUGAACAGUCAGAGUGUCUGUGAGAAGCAGGAAGACAGUCUGGACACUCAUCGAGGCAAUAGAUGCCAUACAUGACGGCCCACGCUUGACACGCAAAUAUUAUGUCAAAGGAAUUCCAACCAUAACAUGGAACUACUCGCUUUAAUAACAGGGAGAAGAGGAGCUGUUAAUGAUGCUGAUACUGGUCAAAAUGAGAACGCAUUGAGACAUGGGAGGCGAGGAGGUACACAUGGGGCUGAUCAAGGCCAAAGGGAGGGAACAGACAGAGGAGGGGAAGGGCUGCGUGGGAGAGGCAGAGGAAGAAGAGGACAAGCAGGAGAGCGAGGAGGAGCAAGAGGAGCAGGAAGAGGAGGAAGGCCGGAGACAGGUGGAGGUGGAGGUGGAGGUGGAGGUGGAGGUGGAGGUGGAGGGGUGCGAGGGCGGAGAAGGGGAAGAGGAAGAGGAGGAGAUCCAGGCAGGGGGGGCGAGAGAAAUGCAGAAAGAGGAGGAGGACAGAGAGGGGGUUGGAGGGGUGGACAUGGUGGGGAGGGUGCAGACAGGCAGAUAUUUGGAGUAGGAAGAGAUCAAGAGCCAGAUGGAAGACAAGGAGCGAGAAUGGGGAUGGCAGGAGUGGGCGGAAGGAGAGAAGGAGUUAGUGUGGACAGAGGAGAGGGUUGGAGGGAUGAAAGAAGAGACGGUGUGAGACAAAGACAAGAUAGAAAUGGGGCGAGAUCAAAUUCUGCAGACACCGCUAGGGCACCACAGGGCCGUGGACUGGGCUAUAAAGCACUGGAAGAACUCUCUGAAAAAGACCCGUCUACGGUCGCCAUUACUCUCUCCUCAAACCCUGCCCUCAAGGAUGUUCUGGGCGAGACAAACAUGAGGCCGGAUCUUAUUGCACUCUUCUGCCUGGUGCUGAGCAAGGCCUUCAAAUCACGUACUGACAGAGGCACCCUGCAGCACCUCGCUGGCAUCAUAAAAGAUUCAGGGUUCUUCCGCACCAUCCUGCCUCACUAUGUGGGAAACAUGGGGUCAGAGUCUAAUCAUGCCCGCAGACAACAGUACCCACGCCACCUGGAAAACAUCCUGACCAUUCUCUCACAGGUGCUCAACACCUUCCCUGCAAGCUCUGUUCAGCCCGUGAGUUUGCUACUGAUAAUAUUUCAAGCCUCCAUCAACACCCUGAGGGCAUCAGGUGUGGUCAUACAGCCUGAAAUGGAGGAAUCCGCACAAAAUCUUCAAGGCCUGAUCAAGCACCUCCAGGAGAGAUCCAGGGAGGGGACCCUGCGCUCAGACAAGGACACAUAUGCACUCCUAAACAGCGGUGUUGAGAAUCCAGACGAAGAAGAUGUGCAAAAUUUCAGGACUAUACCGAUUUACCCAACCCCUGAGGAGUUCCAGCAGGGCCACAGGCCGUUCCUUCGACCUAACCUCACCACCAAGCGUUACACGAACACCCACCUCUACCUUGAUACACACUUCCGCUUGCUCAGAGAGGACUUUGUGCGGCCACUCCGUGAGGGGAUUCAGCAGUUGCUCAGGAAUCAAAUGGACAGAGGAAGGACUGACAGUCCACUGAAGACGAAGCGCUUUGAUGAUAUCCGAAUAUACUUUGACACAAAGAUGAUUGUGCCCAAGUGCACACCGACAGGCCUUGCUUACAUAGCCCAGUUCGACAUUCAGCCACUUAAGUUUGUACGCUGGCAGAACUCCAAGAGACUGAUCUACGGUUCUCUGGUCUGCCUGUCAUAUGACAAUUUUGAGAGCUUCUUGUUUGCCACAGUGUCAGAUCGAGACCCUAAAUAUCUGGAGAAAGGUCUAGUUCAGCUUACCUUUACAGAUGAAAGCAGACUGAAGUUGGCCAGAAUUCAGAAAGAUCAGUCGUUCCUGAUGGUUGAGACCACUGCCUACUUUGAGGCUUACCGGUACGUCCUAGAGGGGCUAAAAGAGCAGGAGGAGGAUGACCUGCCUUUUCAGCGGUACAUUGUUGAGUGCAACACAAAUGUGCAGCCCCCAGCCUACCUGCAAGAAAUGGAUGACUAUGACCUGUCAUCCGUCGCUGACCCUGACUACAAGAACAGAAUACCGCCCUUUCACAGCCUGAAUGAAGAGGCCUGGCCAAGGAUGGAAAAGCUGGGGCUGGAUGAGUCUCAGAUGAAAGCCUUCCAACUGGCCAUCACAAAGGAGUUGGCCAUCAUACAGGGACCUCCUGGCACUGGAAAAACCUACGUUGGCCUAAAGAUUGCUCAGGCUCUUUUGACCAAUCAGGAACUCUGGACUAAUGAAAGCGGAAAGGCUCAAAUGCUGGUGGUGUGUUACACUAACCACGCCUUGGAUCAGUUCCUUGAGGGUAUUCAUAAAUUUCAGGAAGAGGGCAUUGUGAGAGUCGGAGGUCGCAGCAACAGUGAGAUCCUGAAGCGUUUUAAUCUAAGGGAGCUGACCCACUCAAGCAACUUCAGACGUACACUUCCGUCUUACCUGCGUUCAGCGUAUAAUGAGAUUUACAAGGAGCUAUGUCAGAUGGAGAGGGAGAUCCAGGCACAGAGCACAAGGCUGGAGUGUUCACUGAAAGGUGUAUUGCGUGAAAGCUACUUAUGUUCAUGCAUGUCAGACAUACACUGGGACAGCCUGCAGGAACCACCGACACAGGAUGGAUUUGACAUCUGGGGUAAGAAGAACCUCAGUCUGAUGAUGGAGUGGUUGGGUUUGGGCUCCACCGUCUUCCUGCAGAGGGAGACAGAGGAUGCAAAUAGAAUGGAAGCAGAGGAAGCAAUGGAGCUGGAAGAAGAGGACUUCAUUGAAAUUGCAGAGGAGGCAGAUCUGAUCCAGGCAGAGCGGAUUAUUGACGACAACUGGAAUCCCAGAGGUGGUAGAGAUGGCAGAAAGAAGGGAGACAUGGAUGAAGCUGUGAGAGCAGUGGAGGAAAUGAUGCUGGCUAUGAACCUGGAUAAAGAUGACAUAAAGGCUGAGCAAAGCGAGAAUGGAUGGGAGAUGCCACGGGACCAGAAGAAAAAGAUGAAGAAGAACAUCAGGAAAGAGCUGUGUAAAAGUUCAACCAUGAGUGAAGAAGAGGAAGAGAACAUCUUCGAUUUGUGGUCACUCCCACUGCAAGACAGAUGGAGACUCUAUCGAUUGUGGGUGGCACGGUACAGGAUAGAGCUUCGCACCAGGGCCCUCCAGUCUGAAGAUGCCUAUCAGAGAGCGGUGGACAGACUGGCCGAUGUAAAACGCCAGGAGAGCCUCUGCCUCCUCAAGGAAGCCACGGUCAUUGGCAUGACAACAACAGGAGCAGCCAAGUACCGCAAAGAGCUACAGGAAGUGCGUCCACGUCUGGUGGUUGUAGAAGAGGCCGCAGAGGUUCUUGAGGCACACACCAUCACCACACUGACCAAAGCGUGCCAACACCUCAUCCUCAUUGGAGACCACCAGCAGCUGCGCCCCAGUGCCACAGUAUAUGACCUUGCUAAGAACUUCAACCUGGAGAUGUCCAUGUUUGAGAGGCUAGUGAAGAUGAGACUGCCUUUUGUCAGGCUCAACUACCAGCAUCGUAUGAGACCAGAUAUUGCCCGUCUUCUGACCCCACACAUUUACUCAGAACUAGAAAAUCACCCCUCUGUGUUGGAGUACGAAAACAUCAAGGGCCUUAACACCAAUCUAUUCUUUGUGGAACACACCCACCCGGAAGAAGAGAUCAAAGAUGGAAGAAGCCAUCAAAACCGUCAUGAGGCAAAUUUUGUGGUUGCUCUUUGUCGCUACCUUCUCUUCCAGGACUACAAACCAGAGCAAAUUACCAUACUCACGACCUAUACUGGGCAACUUCAUUGUCUGCGCAAACAAAUGCCUGCCAGCGAGUUCUCAGGGGUCAAAGUGCAUGUAGUGGACAAGUACCAGGGAGAAGAGAAUGAUAUUGUUUUGCUCUCUUUGGUUCGUAGCAACCCACAGGGCAAAGUGGGUUUUUUGAACAUUCCCAAUCGUGUUUGUGUCGCCCUGUCACGGGCCAAGAAAGGCCUCUACUGUAUUGGCAACAGCUCAAUGCUGAGCAACGUCACUCUGUGGAGCAACAUCCUCCACACCUUGAGGGAGAAGGACCAGGUUGGGAAGGCUUUGACCCUGUGUUGUCAAAAUCAUCCAGACCGACAAACACAAGUGUCUUGUGCUGAGGAUUUCAAAAAAGCUCCUGAGGGGGGCUGCACCCAGCCUUGUCAGUUCCGUUUGGAUUGUGGCCAUGUUUGUGCAAGGGUUUGUCACCCAUAUGACCCAGAGCACAAGAAAUAUAAGUGUCUCAAGCCUUGUCAGAAGAUUUUAUGUAAUGAGGGACACAGGUGCAAUCUUGUGUGCCAUAAAGAAUGCCCAAAGAAAUGUCCAGUGAAAGUGGAGAAGGUCAUACCUCGGUGUCAGCACACACAAAUGAUUCCUUGCCACCAGGAUCCGAAGACAUUUGAAUGUCAGGAGCCUUGCCAGGAGCUGCUCCCCUGUGGGCAUCCAUGUGAUGCGGUCUGUGGACAACCAUGCACCUGGAAGUGCAAGGUGAAGGUCACCAUCAAACUUAAGUGUGGACACAGUCAGAAAGAUUCUUGCUUUUACAAAACGGAGAACGAGGGGCCUGAAUGUAAGACCCCAUGUCGGCACCAGCUAAAAUGUGGCCAUGAUUGUCGUGGUACAUGUGGCAAGUGCUUUCAGGGUCGCUACCACUUCCCCUGCUCACACCAAUGUGAACGUCUCCUGAUUUGUUCUCACAAGUGCAGGGAACCUUGUACUCGUGGCUGCCCCCCUUGUCAGAGACCUUGUGAGAAUUGCUGUGUCCACAGUAAAUGCAUGAAGCCAUGCGGACAGCCCUGUGCUCCUUGCAUUGAGCCCUGUGCUUGGCAGUGCCCACACCAACAAUGCAGUAAGCUUUGCUAUGAGCCAUGCGACCGUCCACCAUGCACCCAACCCUGUCCCAAGACUCUGGGUUGUGGCCACCCUUGCAUAGGUCUGUGUGGAGACAAAUGCCCAAGCAAAUGUCGCAUCUGUCAACAUGAUGAGGUCACCGAGAUUUUCUUUGGGACUGAAGAUGAGCCUGAAGCUUACUUUAUACAGUUGGAAGACUGUAAGCAUUUCAUUGAAUACACAGCAAUGGACCAAUACAUGGGAGUGGGUGACAACCAAGCAGGUGAUGGAGAUCAUCUGGCCAUAAAACUAAAGGAAUGUCCAAAGUGUCGAACUCCAAUACGUAAGAAUCUGCGAUAUGGAUCUCACAUCAACCGCAGUCUGGCCGAGAUAGAGAUGGUAAAGGAGAAGAUAAAUGGAAAAACGUCAGACAUUGAAGAGCACAGAAACACUCUUCAAAUUCAGUGGGAACAAAAUCUUAGAAACCAUGAUAUGUAUGACCAAGCUGAGUAUAUGCAAAUCAAGUUCAGACUGGAACGACCAUACCUCAUUGCAAAUGAUCUAUGGGUCAUAGAAAACAAGAUGGAUUUCCUGAUAAGAGUUGCAAAGUUACUAAAGGUUGCAAAAGAAAAGAUGCUAUCGGCGCAGGGCUACUUGUUCAGGAAGAAUAUCGAACAGUUUGUGCGCUGGCUCAGUGACCACCACCAAAAAUUCACUGACCAACAGGUCUUUGAUUUGCAGAAUGAACUAGAAAGAUUGAAACUUCUGGCUCAACUCAAUGUCCGUUGCUACACGGCAGAAAAGAGAGGACAAAGUGACAAAAUUCAUUCUGAGGCUCAACAAAUCAGAGAUGUUUUGGAAAUGCCUGGCCAAUUUGCUGACCAAGAUCAACACAGUGUGAAAGAAGCCUUGAAGGAACUAGACAAAAAGCUUCCAGUCACAGGCUUGGGGAUCAGUGACGAAGAGAGAAAGAUGAUAGUCUCAGCCAUGAAAAUGCCGCCUGGACACUGGAACAAAUGUCCCAAUGGGCACGUCUAUGUUAUUACGGAGUGUGGAGGCGCUAUGGAAAGACGAUCUUGCCCUGACUGUGGCGCAGUUAUUGGUGGAGGAAACCAUACACUUGCCAGCGGCAACCAAGUUGCCACAGAGAUGGAUGGGUCACUGCACACGGCUUGGUCUGAAGGGAAUAACCUUCUAAACUUUGAAAAUCUUGACUUGUAAACACCACCAAGAGAAGUCUACUGUUGUCCGUGCAGCUUUGACAUCAAAAGGUUGUGGUUUUUAUGACCACUUCGAUUUAUGCUGAUCUAUAAGGAGGAUGUACAAAGAUAGGUGUGGUAAAAUGUAAUUAAAAGAGUGUGACAGGUUCAAGGCUCUUAAGAGAUGUAUAGGGCAGAGGAAUACUCUUGACACCACAAUCUUCUUAAAUGUACAUGCAUGAAAUCAGUUAUUGAAAGGAUUGACUUGACUAGUUACAGUUAUAUCAAUGAUACUUUUUAACUUAUAUGAGAUCACAUGGAAUUGACUUCUAAAUCAUGGAUUUUUUUGCAUGUUGUCUCUUAAAUAUAGUGAGUAGCGUUGUUUGAAAAAUGCUGUGCUGCCAAAAACAUGCGCCAAGGAUCUAUACUAAGCGGCUGCAUAGGUGAUGGAUGAUAGUGUUUAAUGCUAAACUUGAUGAUUUACACUUGAUUGAUGACUUUAAUCCUUUGUUAUGUUCAAGACUCUUUUGAGGAAUACCUGACCUGUAUUUUAACAAUAGGUGGCAGUAAAACACUGCAAAAUGACAAUGCAGUCUGCUCAUAAAAGAUUAAAGAAUAUCUGGACCUGC